AAGUUAGAUACACAACUGAAGUAAAGAAUUAAAGCCCAAUUGAAAAUCAGCCGGCGAGAUCAAUAGAGAAGAAGGGAGGGUCGUCGUGCUCGUAUAGGUGGUUAUCGCGCGCCCCGACGUCGUUUGGAAGCUAAAACGCGGUCCAGAACCUCCUAUGCAGAGGAGGAGCUGAGAGGAGAGAGAGGAUCGAAUCGGAAAAUGGCAGGGAAGAUGAAGAAGGGCGAGGCGAGCAGUAGCAGCAGAAGCGGCGGCGGCAGUAACCACAGAGGGGAAAGCGUGGUGGAUGAUUACGGCGAAAAUAAAAGCUCCUGCGGCUACUGCAGAUCCCCUGCUCGCACCAGUAUCACUCACGGUUUGUGGGCACAUAGCAUUACGAUUGAUGACUACCAAGAUCUUCUUGACCGGGGUUGGAGGCGAUCUGGUUGUUUCCUUUACAAACCUGACAUGGAAAGAACAUGCUGCCCUGCUUAUACUAUUCGUCUGAGAGCAGGCGAUUUUGUUCCUUCCAAAGAGCAAGUGCGGGUGUCUAGACGAAUGCAAAGGUACUUAGAAGGUAACUUGGAAUGUAAGAAACUAGGGGAGUGUAUGGAGAAUCCAAAUGCCUCUAAGGACACACGCAGCCAUACCCAUCUCGAAGUUUCAAGCUCAGCUGCGAAAGAAUCCUGUUCCAAUAACAAUGAACAGAAGGGUGGGGAAGAAAAGAUUAUGCAUUACUUAUCAGAUCAAGUUGAUAAUGCCGUUCGUGGUUGCUCUGAAAAUGGGGAAUUCCCUGACAUUCAAUUUCCAAAAGCUAUUGUUAAAAAGGUUUUACAAGCCAAAAGAAAGCUAUUGGUUGAAGGAUCUGAAGAUCUCUUGUACUCGAGCAAUAUUGCAUUCCAAAUAGCGGCUACUAUAAGGAGGUCGUUACCAGGUGAGAAGGAUGUCCACCAGGGAAGAUUGUCGACGCAUAUUACAGAUGAAAAAGGGCCAUCUCCAAAACUUAUUGCUGAAAAGCUAGAGAGUUACUUGAAUCAGUUGGCAGAAACAUCUGGUCUGUUAGUCAGGGCUUGCAACGGACAUUUAAAUUUUUAUUCUGCCACAAAACAAGCUUCCUCAUACGAAAGUGCUCAAACUGUUAACAUCUCAAAAGGAUCUGCUGCCGGGUCUGAAAGUAAAGGCUGCAGUGUGACACAUAGCUCUCAAAAUGCUCCAGUAAAGAGGCGUAGACUUGAGAUUCAUUUGAGAAGGUCCAGUUUCGAUUCAGAAGAAUAUGCUUUAUAUAGACGGUAUCAAAUAGCGGUGCAUAAUGAUACCCCUGAGCAUGUUACUGAAAAAUCGUAUAAGAGGUUCCUGGUUGAUACUCCCUUAAAUUAUGUGCCUCCAAAAGGUGAUGGAACAGUUCCACCUUGUGGCUUUGGUUCUUUCCAUCAGCAAUAUGUUGUUGAUGGCAAGCUUAUUGCAGUUGGUGUUAUAGAUAUCCUCCCUAGAUGUUUGUCGAGUAAAUACUUAUUUUGGGACCCAGAUUUUGCCUUCCUAUCACCUGGAAAGUAUUCAGCACUACAAGAAAUAAAUUGGGUGAAAGAAAAUCACGCCCAUUGCUCUACUCUCCAGUAUUAUUAUCUCGGUUAUUACAUUCACACUUGCAGUAAGAUGAGAUACAAAGCAGCAUAUUGCCCGUCUGAGUUACUCUGUCCGCUCCGUUACCAGUGGAUUCCUUUUCAUAUUGCCAAGCCUUUGCUUGAUAAAAAGCGGUAUGCUGUUCUGUCGGAUGUUUCCGUCUCACAAGAUAGAGAGUCCUUGCCACCUCAUGUUUCUGAAGAAGUCAUGGAAGUGCAACAUGAUGACAUCGGGAAAGAAGACACUAAUGAUUUUCCUAUGUAUGAUGAUGAAGGAGCAAUUGACGUUGAAUAUGAAAGCUCAGACAACGAACAAAAUCUGGUAUCUGUUGAUGUGAAAGAUGGAGAUAUCGGUAACAUUUUAAUCGGGUUGAAUGGAUCUCGUGUGAGAUUCAAGGUAUGUAUACUCAAGAGUCAUAGAAUUUUCAGACCUCCCCACCCAAAAUCCAGAUACCUUCGGGCAUUCAUUUACUUGCUACACUGUUUUUCGUUGAAGGAUAUAAAGUUCGCUUUUGGUUCUUCAAAAAGGAGUUACUUGGAGUUCCAGCUGCACCGAUAUAUGAGAGUUGUAGGUGAAGAGCUGGCUGAGCGAAUGGUUUAUUCACUCGAGUGAUUUGGUCGUUCUCGUGACCCUUCGAUUGAUUUCAUCACAAAUGAAAGAUUUGCACAAUGUAGCCGGAGCCGACUUUUCUGCCUGAAUCAACCGCCUGGCCAUUUUACCUGGGGGCUAAACCGGUAAGCCAAUGCCGAGUAGUUUGGUUCCGGCAGCCGUUCCAACCGGCUAUGUUCAAUAUCCGACAGACUCCUUCCUCGGAUGCAUCUUGCAGUUUACAUUUUUUUCUUCAUGUCAAGUUAUGGAAAGGGAUCCUGUUCCAUCAAAUCCUCCCCAUCAAUCAAUCCGGACCUCUUGAAAUUUGAUACAACAAUUAAAGUUAUUAUAACUUUUAAAGUGGAUCCCUGUAUGUAGCCGUUAGAUCAAAUUUUAAGGGUCUGAAUUAGUUGAUGAGGUGAUGAGGAGGAUUUGGUAGAAGGGAGAGGAUCCCCUUCCUUCCUCAAGUUAUAUCUAUUUAAAUUGGUAAAUUUAUAAGAGUUGCCCAAAUGCAUAAUUAAGCUACGAUUCACCCUUUUAUAUUUUAAUAUAAUAUUAGAUUUAAUUUGGUCCCCAGCAUUAAUUUUGUGGGUCCCGUUGUACGAUUGAAAUUCUGACGUCAGCAAACUGUUUUUUCCCGCCGGACUGUGCGGAUUAAUUUUGGCGAAUGAAGAUGUUCGAGUCGGUUU